AGCAGAGUGUUGCCAAAACUGCGAAUUGCCAACAAGAUCAUUGUUCGUGCAGCUGCGGAUUGCAAGAGCAUCAACAGCUGUUGCAGCAAGCAGCAGCAGCAGCAUCCAAGCCAGCGUCACAACCCUCCACCUUCCCUCCAGCUACAGGUUCAGCAGCAGCGGCUGCUGAGGAGCAGCCUGCCCAACUGCUGCGUGAGAGGAUCCGGGGAGCUGAGAAGCCAGCAGCCGUCUCUGCUGCAGCACCGUGAAAACGACAGCCUGAGAUCUGACGAGCAGCGGAAUCCAGCUCAUCACGCCCGUGCAUGCACGCCUGAUAGAUGCCAGGGAGCCAGGAACUCCGUUUCGCCGCGGAGUAAAAGCAGCCCGCUGUCUUCUGACAGUCGCGUGUGGCUCGAGGAGAAUAAACACAGACACGAAGGCUAUAAGGUGAAUGCGGAUGCCAACAGGCUGAGCCAUGCUGGAUCACGGCCUUCCCUGUCCCACGGCGGCCCACAGUAUCCUCAGAUAGCCAUGAACAGCUGCAAGUACAAUGGGGGCAUAGUCAGACCACUCGGCAGUCUGGGGGCGUCCCGGAGGAACCUAGCAGAGCUGGACUCUGAGACACAGCCUUUGCAGACCCUGCACUCUUCCGGCCUGGAGGUGGUGGUCUCCAAAGGGAACGGGGAAGACCCUAGUAAGCAGUCCAGCGAGAACCUUGUGAGGCAAAGACCAUGCAGCGCUCCGCAUAAGAAGAACAAGGACAUUGGCUAUAAGCUCGGGCACCGGAGGGUGCUGUUCGAGAAACGCAAGCGCCUUAGCGACUACGCCCUGAUUUUUGGAAUGUUUGGGAUUGUUGUCAUGGUGACGGAGACUGAACUCUCCUGGGGAGUUUAUACAAAGGAAUCCUCAUAUUCAUUUGCACUGAAAUGCCUUAUUAGCCUCUCCACUGUAAUCCUACUCUGUCUGAUCAUUAUGUACCACGCACGAGAGAUUCAGCUCUUCAUGGUGGACAAUGGAGCAGAUGACUGGCGGAUAGCCAUGACAUACGAGCGUAUCUUCUUCAUCAUUUUGGAGCUGCUGGUGUGUGCCAUCCACCCUAUUCCAGGUCAGUACGUCUUCACCUGGACCGCCCGCCUGGCCUUCACCUACACCCCGUCUGUGGCGGAUGCAGACGUGGACAUCAUCCUCUCCAUCCCCAUGUUCCUACGGCUGUAUCUGAUUGGCCGGGUCAUGCUCCUGCACAGUAAGCUCUUUACGGACGCCUCGUCACGCAGUAUCGGAGCCCUCAAUAAGAUCAACUUUAACACACGCUUUGUCAUGAAGACUUUGAUGACUAUCUGCCCAGGCACGGUCCUGCUGGUUUUCAGCAUAUCAUCAUGGAUCAUUGCUGCCUGGACAGUGCAUGUCUGUGAGAGAUACCAUGAUAAAGUGGAAGUCACCAGUAACUUCUUAGGAGCCAUGUGGUUGAUUUCCAUAACCUUCCUGUCUAUUGGUUAUGGUGACAUGGUGCCUAACACGUACUGUGGGAAGGGAGUGUGUCUCCUUACAGGAAUCAUGGGCGCUGGCUGCACUGCCCUAGUGGUGGCUGUCGUAGCCAGGAAGCUAGAGCUCACCAAGGCUGAAAAGCAUGUCCAUAACUUUAUGAUGGACACUCAACUCUGCAAAAGAGUGAAAAACACGGCUGCUAAUGUACUCAGGGAAACAUGGCUAAUCUACAAACACACAAAGCUUGUGAAGAAGAUUGACCAUGCCAAGGUCCGGAAACAUCAGCGCAAGUUUCUGCAGGCCAUUCACCAAGCUCAGAAACUGCGAAGUGUGAAGAUGGAGCAAAGGAAGCUGAAUGACCAAGCAAACACGCUGGUGGACUUAGCAAAGACGCAGAAUGUGAUGUACGACCUGGUCUCAGAGCUGCAGGAGCGCAGCGAGGAGCUGGAAAAGCGGAUCGGUCACCUAGAGGCAAAACUGGACUCCAUAAACAGCAGUCUGCAGGCUCUGCCUGGCCUGCUCUCACAAGCCAUACAGCAGCAACAGCAACACCUGCUGGACGGGCUGACCCAGCGCGGAUUCACCUUCACGAGACCCUCCUCGCAGACCUCCGAACGCUCCUGGGCGUCAUCCGUGCACCGACGGAGAUCACCUUCUACUGCACCACACACGUCCUCCGAUAGCGGCUAGCACGCUCUCACACACUCCAAACCAUACUCUAAACCUACACACACACUCCUCUCCUACACACCUCUGUCAUCAACUAACACUGCUAAAUAUACUUUUAGUACUAAAACGUUAACAAGAAUGACAACUUCAACACACUGGAAUAAAAUGUAAUGAAUUAACACA